CCCGCCUCCCUUGCUAGGCCUGCCGCGUCGCGCGUCCUCGGCUCUGGGCUCAGGUUAGCGGGCCACGCGCGAUGGGGCCCCGCAGCCCCGCGGCCGCGUGGCUGGUGCUGCUGUGUGUCGGGUGCGCGCUGUCCCCGGGGCGCGCGCAGUACGAGCGCUACAGCUUCCGCAGCUUCCCGCGGGACGAGCUGAUGCCGCUCGAGUCGGCCUACCGCCACGCGCUCGACCAGUACAGCGGCGAGCACUGGGCCGAGAGCGUGGGCUACCUGGAGGUGAGCCUGCGGCUGCACCGUCUGCUGCGCGACAGCGAGGCCUUCUGCCACCGCAACUGCAGCGCGGCCGCGCCCGCGCCGGCGCCCGCCGACCCCGCCGGCCCCGUCGAGCUGCGCCUCUUUGGCGGCGUGCUGCGCCGCGCGCAGUGCCUCAAGCGCUGCAAGCAGGGCCUGCCCGCCUUCCGCCAGUCGCAGCCCAGCCGCGCGGUGCUGGCUGACUUUCAGCAGCGCGAGCCCUACAAGUUCCUGCAGUUCGCCUACUUCAAGGCCAAUGACCUCCCAAAGGCCAUCGCUGCGGCCCACACCUAUCUUCUGAAGCAUCCUGAUGACGAGAUGAUGAAGAGAAACAUGGCCUAUUACAAGAGCCUGCCUGGAGCCGAGGACCACAUCAAAGACUUGGAAACCAAGUCGUACGAGAGCCUCUUUGUCCGUGCGGUGCGGGCCUACAACGGGGAGAAUUGGAGGACGUCCAUUUCCGACAUGGAGCUGGCCCUUCCUGACUUCUUCAAGGCCUUUUACGAGUGCCUGGCUGCUUGCGAGGGGUCGAGGGAGAUCAAGGACUUCAAGGACUUCUACCUGUCCAUAGCAGAUCACUAUGUGGAAGUUCUGGAGUGUAAGAUUCAUUGUGAGGAGACCCUCACCCCAGUCAUAGGAGGCUAUCCUGUGGAGAAGUUUGUGGCUACCAUGUACCACUACUUGCAGUUUGCUUAUUAUAAGUUGAACGAUCUGAAGAAUGCAGCCCCCUGUGCCGUCAGCUAUCUGCUCUUCGACCAGAAUGACAAGGUCAUGCAACAGAACCUGGUCUACUAUCGGUACCACCGGGACAAGUGGGGCCUCUCAGAUGAGCACUUCCAGCCUAGACCGGAAGCGGUUCAGUUCUUUAACGUGACUACACUCCAAAAAGAACUGUAUGACUUCGCCCAGGAACACCUGAUGGACGACGAUGAGGGAGAGGUUGUGGAGUAUGUGGACGACCUGUUGGAGAUGGAAGAAUCCGUUUAGUCCAUGGCGGCUGAGGAGCUUCUCCUCCAUGCUCCUCUUUCCUCAAGUGCCUGGGUUGUUGAUACCUCACAACCUUCCCUUUUUAAAGUAGGAGGGAAGCCAUCAUCUCUCCCUACCAAGGACAAGCCUGCCUUCCCCGUGUUCACACCUGUCCACUCGACUUCCCACCUGCCUUCUCAGUAUUCACACUUGUCUUCAUGGUUACACGUCUUCACACAUGCCCUCCCGUCAUCUAGUCUGUCCUCUCCGUGGCCACGUGUCUCCCCUCUGAUCCCACGUGUCUCCCCCAUGUUCAGAAAGACAGUCUUCUGUGGUCUGUGUUUUAAUCCCCGAAGAAAAUCAGUAUUAUUUUUUAAGUAAGAAAAACACUAAAAGAUGAUAAAUAUAUUUGAAGAAUUCC